AUGUUCUUCCCUGAAGAUAGUGGAGAUGGAUCAGGCAGCCCCCAGCCGACUGUCAACGCUGAGGAGAUCAUCAUGGCUGAUGGUACUGUCGAGUAUGUUGACAAAUAUGCCUUGGGCGAUGAGCUCGACCGAAUGCCUAAUGGCUACUAUCGGAGUCCUCAGUUCAUUGGUACUCUUGCUGCACCUCUGAUAUCCAGACUGAGAAAAGAGGCUUUUUCCUGUUCUGUAAAACCCCUGGUUCUGUCUGGUGUUUUUAACAACACUGGGCUUGUCGCAGUAGUCACCUGUGCGACUGUUGCUUCAAUGGUCUACUACUCCUUGACAGUUCUCUGGCCUACAAUUAUCAGCACGCUGUACACCGCAGAUUCUAUCAAAGUUGGCUGGCAAAGCGGCGUGAUUGGUGGUGGAGUUGUUCUGGGCCAAGCUAUGUCGGGUCUCGCUAUUGCCUAUGUUCCUCGCCUCAAGAUCCAGUGCAUGUGCGUUGCUGCUCUUGCGUGGCUUUCAUCACGUCGAUGUGUUCCCUAUCCCUUGACCGGUGGGCAAAUACAAUCGCAUUCAGGUUGA